AGGAAGUGUGAGCGAAUUUUUUCCAAGUGGCUUGUUUCGACCUCACGCUACAUCAGCCGACGAUUUUAAUUUGAGAUUGCGGUUGCAGUUUCAGCAUGUUGUCUAGCCUGUACGGGUGCGGCUGUACAUUUCGGACACGUCCGAGACUUUGUCCCAGUGAGCGGCUGUUGUCCCUUUAAAAACGGAGCCGCGUGCUCGCCUCUCGCGCUCCAUUUAUAAAACAUCGAGGCGCAGCUGCUUCAGUGUAGCGGGCGGAAUGAACCGGACAUGUCGCUCUGGUUCCGGACUUCGCCGUCUAGUCGUGUGUGUUCUUCCGCUGAGACAUGGCUGAACCCGGGCGUUACUGGUAAAUAAGUGAAAGUAGAUGAGAGGAUGAUGGAGCGCUGAGUCAUGGCAGCUAAGGAGGACUUGUACGCCAAAGUGACCCCGCGCAGGCAGCGCCACAGCCGGGCCGGCACCGUCAGACACGGGUCAACCCUGGACGUGCUGCUCUCUAUGGGCUUCCCCAAAACCAGGGCUUUGAAAGCUCUUGUUUCAACUGGAGGCAAAAAUGUUCAAGCAGCUUGUGACUGGCUCUUCUCCCAUGUGGACGACCCUUUCCUGGAUGACCCUUUGCCUCGAGAGUAUGUCUUGUAUUUGCGACCCAGUGGGCCGCUGCUCCAGCAGCUCACACACUUCUGGCAACAAUCCCGCUAUGCAUGUGGCAAGAAUAAGGCGCACAACAUCUUCCCACACAUCACCCUCUGCCAGUUCUUCAUGUGUGCAGAUGGUAAAGUGGAGGCUUUGUUGGAUGCACUCCAGACCACUGUGUCCAAGUGGAGGGGGCGAAUUCCCAUGCCCCUCCCACUGGAACUCUACUCUUCCUCAACCUUUAUUGGUCUUUUUGUGGAGGAGCAAGUGGCAGAGGUGCUGAAGAGCUUUGCUGCUGAUUUUUCCGCUGAAGCAGCUGCAAAAGCAGAUGUUCUUGUCGAGCCCCAUAAGAAACAACUUCAUGUCACCUUGGCUUAUCAGUUUCAGAGCAGUCACCUCUCAGUGUUGGACAAGUUAGCCAAAAAUGUGGAUGUGUCUUUGGGCUGUGACUGGUUGACUGUACUCUACUCUCGGGAUAUUCGGUUUGCAAAUCAUGAGACACUCCAAGUGAUGUACCCAUAUGUGCCUCAGAAUGACGAUGAGCUCGAUCUGGCACCAGGCGACUUCAUCUUCAUGUCUCCAGUGGAACAGAGUGGUGCCAGUGAAGGCUGGGUGUACGGGACGUCUCUGGGGACAGGGCUGUCUGGCCUGCUUCCUGAGAACUAUGUUAGCCGUGCAGAUGAGUCCGACACCUGGGUCAUCCAUGGGUCUCACUCUGUUCUUAACUGCACCACCCAGUCUAAUGCGGGCUUGUUAUUGUUUGAUGGACAGCUGAACAACAGUCUACUGGACAGCCCUGUAGACACGCCCAGCCUUGCCAGCCUCUGUGCUCCAUUGCAGGUGUCAAGACCAAGCAGUCAGUCUUGUGUGUCAAAGAUGAGACUGUUAGUGUGUCGACAUGGCGAGAGAAUGGAUGUGGUGUUUGGGAAACACUGGGUCAGUCAGUGUUUUGACUCCAAAGGCCGAUACAUGCGAUUUAAUCUCAACAUGCCGCCCACCCUUCCAGUCAGAACUGGAGGUUACCGGGACUACGACAAAGAUUGUCCAAUCACUGUGUUUGGCUCCACCCAGGCACGUCUUGUUGGUGAAGCCCUGUUGGAAAGUCAGGAGGCCAUAGACUUUGUUUACUGCUCUCCUUCUCUCCGCUGCAUUCAGACUGCUCAGCACAUUCUGCACGGUCUCCAGCAGGAUGGAAAGACAAAAAUCCGUGUAGAACCUGGACUGUUUGAAUGGACCAAAUGGAUUUUGGGCACAUGUUUACCCACCUGGAUUUCCCCUGCUGAGUUGGCUGCUGCUAAUAUUAGCGUGGACACAACGUACAGAUCUCAUAUUCCCAUCAGCAAGUUGGGAGUGUCGGAGUCUUAUGACACGUACAUCAGCAGAAGCUUCCAGGUGACCCGUGAGAUCCUCGCAGAGUGCAACAACCUCGGAAACACGGUCCUAAUUGUGGCCCAUGCUUCUUCUCUGGAGGCCUGCACUCGGCAGAUACAAGGCCUCAGCCCCCAGAACUCAAAGGACUUUGUCCAAGUUGUCCGAAAAAUUCCUUACUUGGGUUUUUGUGCUUGUGAAGAAAUCAGCGACACUGGUGUGUGGCAGCUGGUUGACCCGCCCAUCUUACCGCUGACCCAUGGCCCCAAUCAUAGCUUCAAUUGGAGGGAAAUGCUUAUGCAGGAUUGAGGGAGAUCUGCUCUUUUUUUUUUUUCCUUUCUUGUUUUUGGCACUGAACUGCUGAGGGGAAUUUUUUAACACAUACUGCUCUAGAUCAAGCCCAACUAUCAAAAAAGGAAGAAAGACAUAUCUGAUUUUCAUCAAAGACGUGUUGAGGCAACGUGUUCAUACACACAGCUCAGGAAGGAUCAAAUUCAGUGAUCAUGGUGAAGAUGAGCCAGACAGUAAUUUGUGAUGGACCUUUGACAAGACAGCUGGAUACUUGCUCUUCAUAAUCAGGAUUUUUGCCAUGACAAGAGACUGUCUGUCUGUGUCGCCUUCGCAGGCUGGGCUUUGUUCCCAGCCUUUUAAUACACUGUGACAAAAAUUGGACAAAAAAAGAGAGACUUGUAUGACACAAAUAUUUUUCCAAGUGUCAGAAAUGAGUAAUUUGACAUUAUUUAACUUGUAGCCAAAACCCUUAUUGAGAGAAAGCACAAAAAAUGUUGACAAUCAGAUGGAGAAAUGAUGUUCAUUGUUUCUGGUGCAAAGUUGGGUCAUUUUUAUUUCCAUAAAUGUCAUAUUAUUAAAUAAUUUCUAAGUU